CCGACAUUCUGAGCUUGAAUCCCUGCGUGUGAACAGGUGCAUCUGCAAACAUCAUCUCAAGGUGCUUCCUAAGGUGAGACCUCUGAAGAUUUUGGUUCUGAGUGUGACAUCUUGGUCUUACUGCAACAGUGAUCCCUCCCAUUUCACUGCUUUGCACUCAUGGAAAGUUUCUGUUUGUGUGAGUGACUCCAUUGAAGCAGUACCCUGAGGCCCCGUCCAGAGGGCUCCUGACGGUCUUCUGUAUAGAAAAAAAGAAAAGUAUGUCUCAGUGUGGUGGGUUCUACCCCACUGUGAACGUGGUGGACAGAGGCGCAGCUCGGCCUCCGCUGCCUCCCAGGUUGAGCCGGGUACGCCGGCGUGGAGGGGCGGCACAGAUUGUGCUGUUCCUGCUGGUGAGCCUGGCACUGUUCGGCAUAGUCUUGGAAGCCUGGAUCAUCUACCAACUGCACCAACCCCAUUCUUUGGAUUCACCACAGUCUUCAAAGAUGAUCUCAGAUGAUGGUAAUGUUCCUCCCAUUCCAACGGAGGGCCUUGUUGCUACUCCUUCAAAACCAGUUGCACAUCUGACAGAUGGUCUCGACGUAGUUCAUGGAAAAGACAUCAUGUCAUGGAGCACAGCUGCAGGUCCUCUUAUCCAUGAAAUGAUCUACGAAGACCAAAACCUGAUCAUACAGAGGGAGGGCUAUUACUACAUCUAUUCGAAAGUUUUCUUCAGUGAAACCUCUGUAUUCAACCACACCAUUCAGAAAAACACUCAAGGCUACUCCAAGAGCAUUACUCUCCUGCUGUCCCGCAAAAGUCCCAAAACAGGGAACAACGGGCGGUCUAACAGCUACCUGGGUGGAGUGUUUCACCUCGACAAAAAUGACAGACUUUUUGUCAAAGUGAGCAACACCUCACAAAUUGUGCGGCACUGGCCCUAUGAGAAUGUCUUUGGUGCAUAUAUGAUAUAAAUACCAAUUUCUCAUCUCAUUAUCAAUGUGACGAUUUGGAGAAAAACUGGCUAAAUUAUUCAGGAUGGCACAAUAUCACUUUUUUAUAUCAAAAAUGAUACUGGAACCUUCAGUAUUUGCCGAUACCAAUCCUAUACCUUUUCCCCCUAUGUUAAAACAACUAAUCUGUCAAUAAAUACAUACAUAAAUAUUCUGCCCAUCAAAAGGAAAUCAUAGCCCAUGACAUGAGCAAUAAGACUCAGAGUGGAAUUUGUUUUUUAGUUCCUAUAACGGAUCAUGUCAAUUUUUCAAAUAUCAGACCGAUACUGAUCUAAUAUCAGAUUGGUGCACUGUGACAAAUUAUGUUAUAAAACUGCUCAAAUUUUCAAAAAUUCUUUUUGAAAAUCAAAGGCGGAUGUGAACGUUAUCUUGCUCCUGGAAUGAAAAUGAAAUGAAAAGGCACUGUUGGUGAUACUACUAUUUUGUAUUUGAAAACUUCCAUUUCAUAGACUUUUUUUUCAUACUUACUUUUAUACUUUUGAGAUUCUUAAUGUUCCAAAGUUCCACAUUUUUUUUAGGUUUUAAAACAAAGGUGUCUGUAUUAUUCAACUCUUGUGAUUUUUUAUAUUACUGACUUUAAAUUAAUAAAAUGUGUUAAAGUUUAAAAAGUGCUAUUUGUAACACUGAAUUUACAUUGUACAUUUCAUUCCUUGUUGCUUUUUAACACACACUUGCACAUGCUAUUUAUUUAUUUCUACAGUGGAAAUUGAAAAUAAAAGCUUUAUUUUUGUAGAAUGUAUGCA